AUGAAUCCCUUCAAACGGGCAACCGCAGCCUGGCAUCCUGUUGGUCUUGCAUCCGAGUUUCCGAGCAUCGAUGACGAUGCCCGGAUUGUGCCAAGAUGCAAAGCUUUCAAUAUUCCCAAGACAAACGACGCCAUAGAGCGAGUUGAAGACAUUGACCUACCAGGAGAACUGAAGGACCAAGUCCUGGUGUUCAAAUACAAGGGCAAAUACCAUGCCAUUGAUCAUCAAUGCCCCCACUCGUCGUUCCCACUUUCACAAGGCCACCUCUUUGAUAUUGAAGACUUCGGCAUCGUGCUCAGCGCAGGUCUCACAUGUCCCAAGCAUGGCUGGUCAUUUGAUUUAUUCUCUGGGCGUGCUGAUCGCGGCAACUACACACUCAAGGUGUGGGAGGUACAGCUGCGCGACUCAUCGGCACUUGGAAGUACGGACCAAGAGGUUUGGGUGAGGCGGAAACAAAGAAUUGGUUAA